AUCAUCACACCACACUUUCUCUCCUCACUUCAGUGCUUUCACUCCUUGAAACCUUUACGCAUCCAAAGACACACAAUGUUCCAAAACGGCUUUUUCGGUCUCUUCAAGUCUUCCCAGCAAGAGGAAGAACCUCGCACCCAGCAACCCACCUGGAACCCUUCCACCAUGGCCAUGGAGCAACCCGCCAACUAUGCUGGCAGCCAACAAGCUGCACCUUCAUCUCAAGAAGAGCAACAAAUGAAACUCCGUGGUGGUGCCGGUUGCUGUGAUGUCUGCUGCGGAUGCUUCGCUGGUCUCUGCGCCUUUGAGUGUCUCGAGGACUGCUGCUAGACUCGUUUUAGUCCAAUUACAAUCUAGUCUUGAUAUGGUGUUUUGCUUAGCUUGCACACGUGUCUUUGUUUAUCUGUCCUACCGUCUACGAUACCAACCUGUUAGCUUCGAUCAAUGAAUAAACGUCUCAUUACACAUAUCAUCUCUCUGUUAGGCUGACAUUAGAAUCUCGAAAAAGGUAACCACUUUCCCCUUAACGUAAUCACAGCCCAAUUAUUCCCAUCGGCAUCCGUUUCCUUUUCCACUUUGGUCGAAAAUGAUAUCGCACUCAUAAUGCCAUCGCCAAACUUCUCAUUCAACACGGCCUUGUACGCGUAUCCGUAAUUCUGCACAAUUUCAUACAACCGGUAGAUCAGUGGUUCCUUGGGCGGCAUCUCCACGGACCGACCGCGAUCGGGGAAGCCGCUGAGCUGCUCUUCGAGCAAUUUGAGUGGAAUAUCGAGGACCUUGGCGAGAUUGGCGAUGUCUUCUGCAGACGCUUUGGCUUGUCCAUAGAAUAUAGCUGCGGUAGCUACUUCAUUGCGGCCGAUUUGCUUGGAGAUAUCUUCGAAGGUGAAUUUCCUCUUGGCCUUGGCGGCGAAUAAGGUCUGGGAUGACGCUGGAAGGUAGGGAUGUUGCGAGGU